GGAUACACAGGAGCAACUGGUUUUCAGGGACCCACUGGAGAUCCAGGUAAUCCAGGUCAACAAGGUGUACCAGGUUUUAAUGGUCUUCCUGGAUUAGCAGGAUCACCAGGUCCCAGUGGUAACAGAGGUCCUACGGGAGCUACUGGAUUUCCAGGUUCACCAGGAAAUACAGGAUUCCCCGGACCAACUGGACCCUCAGGUUUUCCAGGACCAAAAGGUCCCACAGGACAAAUGGGACCGAUUGGACCAAUCGGUUUAACAGGAGAUACUGGUCCGAUAGGAAUGCCAGGUUAUUCUGGAUCACCAGGAGUGGUGGGUCCGAUGGGAAAUACAGGUGCUACAGGUCCAACUGGUUCUAAAGGUGUCACAGGAGUUGAUGGAGCCACCGGUUUGCGAGGGUUUCCGGGAGAUACCGGAUUGAGGGGACCAAAAGGCACGCAAGGUGCAACAGGUCCGGCAGGAAAGACGGGUGUUGAAGGAUUACCGGGCCCGCCAGGACCCAGAGGUCUAACAGGUGUUCUCGGCACGCAGGGUCCAGCUGGAUUUGUUGGACAGUUUGGUGAAACUGGUAAGCAGGGUAGCACUGGUCCCAUCGGAGCGACUGGCCUGGUCGGACUACCUGGUGCUCCUGGCAACUCGGGAUCCACUGGGACCACCGGCUUUAUGGGACCUAAGGGAGCCAUCGGUAGUCAGGGAGCACCUGGACCUCCCGGAAUAGCUCAACGUUAG